GGCUGACAUGACUGUGUCAUUCACUCCUGUGAAGAGUGAAGAUGUUAAAGUGGAAGCUCAUUCCUCGCAACCCAAUCACAGAAAAACUGAACAGAUGGAGACAGGAGGUGAUGGAGAGGACUGUGGAGGACCAGAACCAGACCGCAACUCUGGUCCAGCCAGUCCUCCAGAUACUGAUAAGAAAACUGGAGACUCUUCUGAGACUGAGGACAGUGGUUAUUGGAAUGAGACCAGAGAACCUCUGUCUGGUGAAGAGUUUGUCAGUGAUUCUAGAUGUAGAACAAGUGAGAAACCUUUGAUCUGUUCUGAAUGUAAGAAAACAUUUGGUUGCAUUCAGAAGCUGAGGAAACACAUGAUGACCCACACAUCAGAGAAACCUUUCAGCUGCUCACAGUGUGGUAAAUGUUUCACUGAUAGUGGAGCGCUGAAGAAACACAUUUGUUGUCAUACAGCGAAGAAAUCUUUCAGCUGCUCAGAUUGUGGUAGAGGUUUCACUACAAAUGGAGAUCUAAAGACACACAUGCGACGUCACACAGGAGAGAAACCUUUCAGCUGCUCACAGUGUGGUAAAUGUUUCACCACAAGGGGAAGUCUAAAUUUACACGUGAGAUGUCACACAGGGGAGAAACCUUUCAGCUGCUCACAGUGUGGUAAAUGUUUCACCCAAAGGGGAAGUCUAAAAAUACACGAGAGAUGUCACACAGGGGAGAAACCUUUCAGCUGCUCAGAUUGUGGUAAAUCUUUCACUUGUUGUGGAAACCUGAAGUUACACAUGUAUUGUCAUUUAGGGGAGAAACCUUUCAGAUGCUCAGAUUGUGGUAAAUGUUUCACUAAAAGUGAUCAUCUAAAGAGUCACAUGAGAAUGCACACAGGGGAGAAACCUUUCAGCUGCUCACAGUGUGGUAAAUGUUUCACCCAAAGGGGACAUCUAAAUAUACACGAGAGGUUGCACACCGGGGAGAAACCUUUCAGCUGCUCAGAUUGUGGUAAAUGUUUCACCCACAGGGGAAGUCUAAAUGUACACAUGAGAUGUCACACAGGGGAGAAACCUUUCAGCUGCUCACAGUGUGGUAAAUGUUUCACCACAAGGGGAAGUCUAAAUUUACACGUGAGAUGUCACACAGGGGAGAAACCUUUCAGCUGCUCACAGUGUGGUAAAUGUUUCACCCAAAGGGGAAGUCUAAAAAUACACGAGAGAUGUCACACAGGGGAGAAACCUUUCAGCUGCUCAGAUUGUGGUAAAUGUUUCACUGAUAUUAGAGCGCUGAAGAAACACUUGUGUUGUCAUUCAGGGGAGAAACCUUUCAGCUGCUCAGUGUGGUAAAUGUUUCACUAGAAAUAAGAGAUGUGAAGAGACACAUGAGAUGUCAUACGCUGUGUAAAUCUAAAAGUCCACAUGAAUCCCCUUUAACGUCUUUCCCUAAUUUACAUAACCGUUUCCCACGUGAGUUUUGAAUAUCCGUCGCAAAGCAAUAAUGACACAUAUUUGAAGCUACUCUUCAUGUUCACAAUUACAACCAACUAUCUAAGAAUUCCUCAAAGGGAUUUAUUGGGACGACACUCUUGUUUAGUUUUUUUUCUAUGCUCCCGAGGGUUUUGUGUCACAGGAUGUCACGUGUGAUAAAAAAAAAUGAAAAUAAUUUAAAUAUCUUCUGACAGAUGGUCAGAAGUUCAUAUUCCAAGAACAAAAUGUUCUUGUCAGUCACACACAAACUAUAAACUGUGCUAAGCUAUUAAUUCAUUGGAAAGGUGUAAUCUAAGGCAGUGAUUCUAAACCAUCGGUCCGCGAGCGCCACCUAGAUGGUUUUUACCCGUUGGCUGCAGUUGAAAUAUUUCUACUCUGGGCAAAGAAUUAUUAUAACCGUCUUUACGGAGACAAGUAACAGAGAUAAGCCACGCCCCUUCCAGGCGCACAUAAAGUGGGACAUGAAUGAAACAAAAUAACUAGUUGGGUGAGUAAACAGUGGCGAAAAUCCCCUUGGCAUUUUAAGUGUGAACGUAGAAUAACGCUCUCCACCAAAGCAUUGAAGCCAUCAAAAUUUAAGCGGAUGGCGUCAUCUCACUGACUUGCAACUCUAAAUCUUACUUAAAAGCCAGCUGUCUUUUUCUUUUCCAUGAAGUGUUAGUGUUUUUUUUGCAGGUUUACAUAGAGAUAAUAAAUAAAUGUUCUUGUGAUGAUCACUGAAUCAGGUUUUUCCUUUUUUUAUUUUAUUUAGUCAUUAAAUGAAAAUCCAACCUAUAAUUAUAUCAAUUAGUUAAUAUAAAAUAGUGUUGAUAUUUUAACGGGCGCCUUGGCAUAUUUGUUCAUUUGGGCCCUGAGGUCAAAAAGGUUAAGAACCCCUUAUCUAAGGCAUGUUUCCCACUGUUAACAUUGUAACAUUACUCAACCUUAUAUUGUCCUGUCCAAUGUUGAAAUACAAGUUUGACUGAUUUUUAUGUUCCAAUUGUUACUGCAAGCUGUCAUAUUAUCAAUGUAUUAAUGCUAGGGCCGGGACUCGAUUAAAAAUAUUAGUCUAAUUAAUUAGAGGCUUUGUAAUUAAUUAAUAGAAAUUAUUCGCAUUUUAAUUGCAUAAAUAUUUGACCUGAGAACAAUGAGAAGUAAUUUUUUUCACAUGGAUUUUUAUUUUUGUUCAACCAAUUCCAGCAGACAAGUGUAGAAAUAGCAUAUUUAGAAAUAUAGUACUUUCAGAAAUUCAGGUAGCUUAUAGGUAAGUAGACCUUCUGUAAACUAUGUUUUUUUAAGUAGACCAAUACUUUCAAGUACAUUCAGAACAUUGGUUAUUUUUUCAGACGUGGACUUAGUUACCCUGGUCCUUAAAACAGUCAUCUGGUGCAGUGUGGGUUGGGUGUGGGUCCUUGUACUCGGGUCGGGCUAACGUCCACUCUAGCUGCUAAUUGUUUUGCGUUGAGGUGAUACUUGAGGCUCGAUGCGAAUUCCUUGUUGCACAGCUUGCACACAAUCAUGCUCUUAUCGACGCUUCCAUCCGUGUGUUUAUUAUAAUAAAAUGUCCCAUUCACGGGGCCACCCGACACGGUCUCGUCAGCUUCUUCGUUCAUGUUCACUGUGGCUGAAGUCAUGAACACUAGUUGGUGCUCCAGUAUAAUUGGUCCUCCGAAACUCAUCCAGUGAGAAACGUUCCGCGGUGCAAAAAAUAAGUGUAAAAUGCGUAAAAAAUGUUUAAUGUGUUAUUUUUUGUGUAAUUAAUUAAUCUUGAUUCACAUUGUAAUAAUUAAUCGUAAUUAACGUGCUAAAGUCCCGGCCCUAAUUAAUGCAUACAUUUCCGUGAACUAAAUUCUGUUUUGCAUUUUUAAUGUGCAGAAAAAUACCAGAAGGCUCUUUAAUGUUUUUCAUGCAUUGAGUUCUUACUCUUGUUUAUAUUGUUUUAACGUUUUUUUAGGAAACUUUUUUUAGUCUUUAGUUUUCCUAGUCAAUCCUCAUAUUGAGCUGCUUACAUGUUUAUAUAUCGAACUAAUACAUCUUUGUGUGUUGAGAAACAAAAAGUAGAAAACAUUGCUGAGCAAACACAGGUGCAAAAAAGUUAUGAAGGCAAUGAAUGGAUUUUAUUUUGACUUUUGCAGAAUUGAAUAAAUGUUUGAAAAAGAAAAAUGAGAGUUGUCUUUUGCCAUUUCUAACCCACACAUGUUACAUAUGGAGAAGACUAAAGGAGGUAAUUACAGACCGCAGAAAUGUUUUAACGAAAAUAUUUGUAUUUAUUUCGUGAGUUACCCCACUGUGCAGCAGA